CUUCUCCACCCUUUCAGCGAGGAUCUGUAAUUUACACGACAACAGCAGGGCACCCAUCGGAUCUCCAUUGGACUCUGCGCUGGAUCUCCCACAGCGCUGCUCCUGCUCCUGCUCCUGCUGCUCCUGCUCCUGCUGCUGCUGCUGCUGCUGCUGUUGCUGCUGCUGCUGCUCCAUCACCAAACGCUCAACGCCAAAGCAGGAGAAGAAGCUCUGAUUUCCGUGCCAUGUGUAGAACGACACGUAUGUGUGAAUUCAUGCGGUGACAGCGGAGGGGGAAUGGAGCAGUUGUCAUCAAAUUCCUGCAGACGCGCCGACGGUGAUAAAGGGGAGGCUGUCGUGUAGAGAGAAGACCUUCAUACGCAGCAGCCAAUCCGAGAGAUUCGUUUUCAUUGCCAGCGAAAAGGAUCAGUGGUCAGGUGUCGCCUUUCAUUUCAACCACAACAAUGGGGGAGCAGCCCAUCUACAGCACGCGGGCCCACGUCUUCCAGAUUGACCCCAACACCAAGAAGAACUGGCUGCCCACCAGCAAACAUGCGGUCACUGUCUCCUACUUCUACGACAGCACACGCAACGUCUACCGCAUCAUCAGCCUGGACGGCACUAAGGCAAUAAUCAACAGCACCAUCAGUCCCAACAUGACGUUCACAAAGACCUCACAGAAGUUUGGCCAGUGGGCGGACAGUCGAGCUAACACUGUCUACGGCCUGGGAUUCUCCACUGAGCAUCAUCUAUCCAAGUUUGCAGAGAAGUUUGCAGAGUACAAAGAAGCAGCACGGCUCGCUAAAGAGAAGAGUCAAGAAAAGAUGGAGAUGGCCACGUCUCCUUCUCAGGAGUCUCCAGGAGGUGAGCUCUCGUCACCUUUGACCCCUGUGACUCCGCCCAUGGAAAACAUCAACGGCACAGAUGAAAUCUGUGACACGACUCCCAACUCAGACACUCGUCCCGAGCCGGCGCAGAACGCCCUGGCCUUCACACACAGCCCCGCCAUGACAAAACACUGGGAGGCUGAGCUGGAGGCACUAAAGGGGAACAAUGCCAAGCUAACGGCAGCUCUGCUGGAGUCCACAGCCAACGUCAAACAGUGGAAACAACAACUGGCUGCCUACCAGGAGGAGGCCGAGAGACUACACAAACGGGUGACAGAGCUGGAAUGCCAGAGCAACCAAACCCCGGUGAUCAAAUCACAAAAGACUGAACUGAACCAAACCAUAGAGGAGCUGGAGACUACGCUAAGGGAUAAAGAAGAGGAAAUGGAAAAGUUGAAAGAGGAAUUGGAAAACAUGAACGACCUGAUGGAGCAAAAAGACACUCUUACCCAGAAACUUGAGGAGACGGAGCUGCGCAGUCGGGUGCUUGAGGAGCAGCUGGCGGGCGCGGAGCAGCGGCUAGAGGAGAACCAAGAGGAACAGGAGAAUUUCAGAAAGAGCCUGCGGACGCUGCUGGAGAUGCUGGACGGCAAGAUCUUUGAGCUGACGGAGCUCAGAGACACCUUGGCUCGGCUCAUAGAGGAGGCCAGCUAGAGAUGGAGCUGCCUAAUCUGCACAGACAGAGCCAUAGGAUAAUUUACACCCUGACAACCCCAAUUCAAACUCACCCACAUCAAUCCCUACCCGCCAUGUCCCACCUUCCCACAUUAAAACUGAGACGCUGCACUGCCCAGUUCUGAUUUUGCUCAAAAGAGGGCAGCUAAUCCCCUGUUUUUACCUUGCAGGCAUCAAGCUCCAACCAACCA